AUCACAUAGAACCUUCCGCUCAGUUGCAACUUUCUGGAGUGUUGACCAUUUCUUGAUUUGCGAACUUGGCAGUUGGAAACCCGGUGACUUGGCGUGUAACCAUUUCUUCGUUUUGUAAAUGACAGAAGAUUAGAAGACAGUAAGAAAAUGGACGAGAGCCGCUGUCCAGGGUCUAAAGCAGUCGAUGGCUGUCAUGCGGCUUGGUUUUUCUCGAGAUUGCAGAAGAUGAGAUCAGAGGGUGUGUUGGUGGACGUAACUCUGUGUGCGGAGGGAAAAGAGAUCCCCUGUCACCGCUUGGUUCUCGCAACUUUCAGUGACUAUUUCUGUUCCAUGUUCAGCGGAAACCUCAUUGAGACCAAGAAGGACAAGAUAGAGAUGGGAGGGGUGAGUGCAGAGGCUCUGCAACAAUUGGUAGACUAUGCCUACACGUCUAAAAUCAACAUCACUGAAGAAAAUGUCCGGCCCCUGUUUGAAGCCGCAGACAUGCUGCAGUUUCUCGGAGUCUGUGUCAAAUGCGAAGUCUUUUUACAAGAUCGCUUGAAUGAAGAAUCGUGUUUGGGAAUAUGGGUGCUGGCAGACAGGGUAUCAUGUACAAGUCUGUCCGAGAAAGCAAAAAGCUGGGCUCUAAAAUGGUUUGAAGAAUUGUGCACAACUGAUGAGUUCCUUCAGCUACCAGUUCACUUCCUAAAGACAUACAUCUCAGAUGAGGGCCUUCUGGCCAAGGAGGAGCGAAUCUUGGAAGCAAUCAUGCUUUGGGCAAGACACGAUCUUAAACAACGGGAAGGACAUCUCAAGGAGCUGUUGAAGUGUGUAUGCCUCUCAAGUUUGGACCAAAACUAUCUCAAGAAGAUUCUGAAGAAAGACAAGGUGUUGGCAAAACUUCCUGGAAUCAAGCAGAUGACAAAGAGUCAGUCUACGCAUGAAGCACCUCGUCACAUUCUCCAGCAAGACUUUCUGGUUAUCGGUGGUAAUUGGCUUGUUCCUCAUGGUACUGGAGCUCUCAGAGGGAUCGGGCCGAUAUUGUAUUCAAACAACAAUAUGUACAGGCUUGGCCUUGAUUGUGACUGUAUUGACAUAAGCCCACUGCCUGAGCCCUUUCAGGAAAGCAGGGGGCUAGCAGCAUGUGUUGUAGAUGGUGACGUCAUCGUGACAGGGGGUGUAAGUAUGCCAUCCAAAGCAUGGCGGUACAGCCUAUCACUGAACUCUUGGGCAAAACUGGGAAAUCUAAAGCGAGGAAGAUUCAACCAUGGGAUGGCAGUUGUGCAGGGACAGGUGUAUGUUGUUGGUGGUUCCUCGCCAGUUGGAUACCCAGACGUUAUAGGCAGGUUGUCUGAAGUCGAGGUGUACAACAUGAAAACCAACCGCUGGAGGAAGGCUGCGCCACUACAGGUUGCAGUCAGCAGCUUCGGCAUAACCACGUGUGGUGGAAAGAUCUACGUAUUUGGUGGUGAGCCCUAUCUGUACGAAGGUGAUGACUUCAUGAACAACAAGACCAACGCCGUACAGAUCUACGACCCUUCCCAGAAUGAGUGGAGUUUCGACAUAGUGUUGCCAGUCAAUUUGUCGUGCAUAAAGGCGUGCACAGUCGACUCGAAGAUAUACAUAGUUGGCGGAGAGUUACAGAGUGUGGUGUGCUUCGAUCCCAAGGAACUGAAGUUGCAUCACCUGGCAGACAGACUGUUCCCGUGGAGGCAGUGCAGUGCUACCGUGUGCGGCGGGGAAAUCUACAUAUCUGGUGGCAGGGUGCAUCAGUUCGUACAUAGCGAAGAUGGAACACAGCGUGAGCGUCAGAUCGAAAACUACUCCAAGGUCCAGUGUUACAAUGUGAAGAAUGAUAUCAUGGUCCUGGGUAAGGAUAUGCCAGAUGCACUGUAUGGACACUGCACUGUUACUAUUGCCAAGGCAUAAGUGUUCUGAUACGAGUGAUAUCAAAUUCAAAGUGCAACAUUUGUCUGAUAAUAUUCAAUAAUGAUAGAUAUGCUCACACUGAGUCACAGAUCAUUUGUUCUGAAUCAUGUGUUUGAAGUUUGAUAAAAAAUGUUGUAUUCUGGUGUCAUAAACACUUCAAAUUAGCUUAUUCAGCUAAGUUGGCCCAACAAGACAUGUGAGGUCAAAGGUGAAGAUCCUUAACUUGUAAACGUUUCUUGUCUGGAUGAUGCUCUUUACAUAUAGAAUACAACACAGGGUAUUCCGUAUCACGUGAUACGGAAUACACCGUGUUGUAUUUCAUUUAUAUCAUGCCAACCUGAGAAAACACAUCUUUCGAUUAGAAAUGCGCCAGAAGUUGAGAAAAUUUGGUGCUCUUGAACAAAAAUUGCUGCAACAGCAAUGUUCCAACAUCUGAAUCAGGUAUUCGAAUUUUCAACCGCGCCACACUCUGCGUGUUCAGAGUAUGUUCGAAAUAUUCGAUGGAAGCCUGUGUGAUACAACUUCGAAGCCUGUGUGAUACGGCUUUUAAUCACACGGUCCAGAACACCUGCAUCGAACGUUUUGGCGUCAUAGGUAUGAUAUAUAAAUGUCCAUACAGUUGUUGUCUUUGUCUCGGGCCAACAACUUUGAAAUAUUAUCCACAAUUCAUGCAUCUGUAUUGUAGCAGACAGGUAUCCUCUGCUCUCUCGUCAAUAGAAAGACCUUGAUAGCACUGAUUUUUAUGUUGCAGUCUAAAUAUCCAUUGGAAUUACUAGUUGAUGUUAAUGGAAAUUAUUCAUGCAAGAUAUGUGUAACACUAACUGUAUACUUCAUCAUAUUCCAAAUUUGAUGUGCACUCAAAGUGCAGAUGUUAAACAACAUGUAUCACUUGAUAAGCAGUUUACUAUUUGAAUGCUACUGUGUUCUACUUAAUAUUUAGACAGCAUUGUAUUCUUGAAUACCCUAAUACUAUAUUUUUACAUUUUUUAUAACCUCUCUUUUGUAUUACAUUGUACCUAUACUAAAUACUAACUAUUGUGAUCAACUUAUGAUAAACAUAGCUGAACUUUGUUUUUUCCUUUUUAGGUAACAUGUUUGAAUCUUGAAGACCUACAUAUUACUUAUUAGCACUUCUGUUUUUUCUACGACAUACUACUGUUAGUUGAUAAGCACAAUUACUUUAUUAUUGCGUAGUAUGCACAGUGUUCUUUGAUUUUGAUAUUUUUUCUUCACGUAUAUUUGAUAGCCCUUAGAACACAUAUCUUUGUGAAACGCACUAGACUAAAGACAAGAUUAUCAUAAGAUAAACUGGUCUGAGUCUGACGCUACACUGCGCUGUAUUACUUUCUCCUUCAAACGAUAGAAAACAACACGUGAAGGGGCGUAGUUGUGUGAGAACUUUUAUUGCCAACAAAUUAAAGUUGUACAUGUCCAUGUUAAUCUGUACUGUAAUUUGACAUCAUUACAAGACUUUA